AUGAGGCAGCACGAGGGAACCGAGCAGCAGCAGCGGCAGCAGCAUCAGCAACAGCAACAGCAGCAGACACAGCUGCAGCAGCCGACACAGCAGGAGCAGCAGACGCAGCAGCAGGAGCCGCAGCUGCAGCAGCAAGAGAAAGAACAGGAGGAGAGCCAGCCGGCAGAUGCGCCGCAGCAGCAAAAAAAGCAUCGGGGGAAGCAGAAGCAGCAAGAGGCUCCACCGCCUUCGCCGCCGCAGCAGCAGCAGCAGACGCAGCAGGAGAAGCAGCAGGAGGAGGAGCCGAAGCAGCAGGCGCAGCAGCAGGGCAGCAGCAGCAGACCUGAUAGCCCAAAGCGGCAAGAAGAAGAAGCAGACAGAGAAAGCCCCACUAAGCAGCAGCGCGGCUUGCGUUCAAGACUGAAGAGAAUCUGUGAGCGAGAAGACAGAGCCAGAGACCCUUCGCCUCCACCAGCAGCAGCAGCAGCAGCAGCAGCAGCAGCAGCAGCAGGGGGGAGGAGGGGAGCAAGGGGUUUGGGCUUUGGGGCGCCGCAGCAGCGCGCGCGGCCGCAGCAAAGAGCUGCAGCAACAGAUGCUGCAGCAGAGCAGCAGCAGCUGCUGGGAGGCGCAGCAGCAACAGACGCAGCAGACACAAAAAGAAAGCAGCAGCAAAAAGAGCAAAGCAAAGACACAAAGAAAGAGAAAAAAGAAGCCUCAGCAGCAAAACUUAGCCAGCAGCAAAUCAUUGUAGAGACUCCACGCCUCUCCCGGCGCCACCCCACACCUAUAGUGCAGCAGCAGCAGCAGCAGCAGCAGCCACAGCAGCAGCGCUGA